AUGAAAUUGUACAAACAGCGUCUGCAUAAGCACUUGUUGAAAACAUUUGAUGAUGCUGAAAAAUGCCAACGUUAUAUUCGAUCACUCUCUAGUCAUGAUCGACUCAUUCUGAUCGUAAGCGGUAGAUUAGGAAGUGAAGUGGUUCCUGCUGUUCAUCAUCUUCGGCAACUCUCCGUUAUUUACGUUUAUUGCUUCGAUAAGAAGAAACAUAAACAGUGGACCAGUGCAUUUUCCAAGAUAAAAGGUGUUAUCACGAACUUGGAUAAAUUGGUUGACCAAGUUCAAUCGCACUAUGCUAAAGAACAACAGAGUAAAGUUGAUGAACCUGUUUUAAUUAAUAUUUUCAAAAGUGAUCUCGGACAUGAAAGAUCAAUGACGGGACUCAAUGGGCAAUUCAUUUAUUCUCAGCUACUUAUCGAUUGUUUUCUUCGUAUGAAACCUGUUGGUGACGAAAUCGCUGAACUCGUCUCCCACUGUAGUGAAUACUACAGAGACAAUAAAGCUCAGCUAAAGAUUCUGAAAGAAUUCCAACAAACCUAUUCUUCGAAGAAAUCAGUCUGGUGGUAUACAAGAAAUUCAUUUCUCUACCGAUUAUUAAACAAAUCGCUUCGAAUGCAAAACAUCUCUCAAUUGUUUCUCUUUCGAUUUAUCAUCUGUGAUCUUCGAAAACAACUGGAGAAGUAUCGAUGUACUGUUCCUGUGCGUCUCUAUCGCGGCCAAUUGAUGUCGAAAGAAGAACUUGGGGUACUACAAGAUUCUGUUGGCGGCUAUAUCUCAAUCAAUUCAUUUCUUUCCACAAGUCUUGAUCGUGAAAUAGCUCGUUCUUUUCUAUGCGAGCCAAACGAGCUUGAACGAGUCCUUUUUCAAAUUGAUGCCGAUCCACGUCUUGUUAAUAUUAAACCAUUUGCAGAUAUCACCGGGCUGAGUGACUUUACUCAAGAAAAAGAAGUAUUGAUGAUGAUCGGGUGCAUCUUUCGACUGCUCAAUAUUUCCUGUGAUAAUGAUAAUAUAUGGAUCGUUUCUAUGGAGUUAUGCAGUGAUGAUAAUCAUAGUUUCAAACCGAUUUUUGAUUACCUAAAGAACGAUUAUGCUGAAGGCGAUGGACAGAUAAGCAUCUUACCAUUCUGUACUAUUCUAAUGGAAAUGGGCAAGCUGGAUGAAGCUGAGCACUACUUUCUACGCUUACUAAAGGAGCUUCCGAAAGACCACGAAGAUGUACAUCGUUGCUGUUUCUUACUUGGCAUUGUACUCACGAAAAAAGGUGAUUAUGACUCAAGUCUACAUUGGCACCAUAGAGCAUUAGAGGUUCGAGAACAGUUAGGAAAAGGCAAUGAGCUCGACCAAGCGCAUAGCUAUAACUGCAUCGGCAACAUCUAUCGAAAGCGAGGUAAAUAUUGGAAAGCACUCAACAUAUUUCAAAACGCACUGGAUAUUUACAAACGCGUUUUGGGUGAUGGUCACAUUGAUUUGACUAAAUGUCUCGCUAACAUUGGCAACGUCUAUCAACGACUAGACAACUAUAGUAAAGCACUUGAAUAUCACCUAGAGACUUUAUCAAUUCGUGAGAAACAUCUCCCUUCCGGCCAUUCUUACAUAGGAGUGUCCCAUUACAACAUCGCUACUGCUUAUCGUUAUCUUGGAAAAUCUAAAUUAGCGCUUGAACAUGCCAAUAAGUCACUGGAGAUUUCACAAAAAUCCCUCCCACCGAAUCAUCCAAACAUUGCAUGGGCCAUUGAAAAUAUCGGCUAUGUUCACGAAGACACCGGUCAUCUAGACAAAGCUUUAUCAUGUUUGAAAAAAGCAGCUGCGAUCUAUCGCGAAACAUUACCUUCAACACAUCAAUACAUAAUCGAUGUGGAAAGAAAUAUUCAACGUGUUUCAUCUGCACUGAAUUGA